AUGCAAACGAAGCUCGAAGACUUGACAGAGAAGGUGAAGAAUGUAGGACUCGUAAUCAACUCGAAGAAGACAAUGGCCCUAAGGAUUAACACCACCAACACGGACCCAUUCACCCUCAGCGGCGAGGCUAUCGAGGAUGUGGAUAGCUUUACUUACCUGGGCAGUGUGGUUGCUAAAAAUGGAGGAGCUGCACAGGACGUCUCGCAACGCAUUCGAAAAGCGAACGGCGCCUUUGUGCGGUUUUAUCUGUUAUGGAAGAGCAACAGAAUAUCCACCAGGACCAAACUCUGCAUCUUUUGUAGUAAUGUCAAGUCAGUGCUGUUAUAUGGAUCUGAGACAUGGAAAGUAACAAAAACGAUCACCUCCAAGCUGCAGGCAUUCGUCAACCGCUGUUUGCGAAGAAUCCUAAACAUCCAUUGGCCAGAAGUGAUUCCAACCAAGAACUCUGGCCAAGGACAGGAAUCUGAGGUAUCCAUGCAGAUCAAGUGGCAGAAAUGGAAGUGGAUCGGGCAUACACUGAGGAAGGGGAAUGAAGCCAUUGAGAGAGAGGUCUUGGACUGGAAUCUGCAGGGGAGAAGGAAGAGAGGGAGACCCAGACAGACGUGGUGA